AUGUCUAUCAAGGCCGGUGACAACUUCCCCGAGGGCGUCGUCUUCUCCUACAUCCCCUGGGCUGAGGAGAGCGCCGAGUUCAAGGUCUGCGGUAACCCCAUCAACUUCAAGGUUGAUGAGAAGUGGGCCAACAAGAAGGUCGUCCUCUUCGCUCUUCCCGGUGCUUUCACUCCCGUCUGCUCUGCCAACCACGUCCCCGAGUACGUCGCCAAGCUCCCUGAGCUCCGCGCCAAGGGUGUCGAUGCCGUUGCCGUCCUUGCCUACAACGAUGCCUACGUCAUGAGCGCCUGGGGCAAGGCCAACGGUGUUACCGGCGAUGACAUUCUCUUCCUCUCCGACCCCGAGGCCCGUUUCUCCAAGUCCAUCGGCUGGGCCGACGCUGAGGGCCGUACCUACCGUUACGCCAUCAUCAUUGACAACGGCAAGGUCACCUACGCCGCCAAGGAGGCCGCCAAGAACGUUCUUGAGGUCACCUCCGCCGACCACAUCCUCAAGCAGCUGUAA